GAAACUUGCAUGAAAAAAACAACAACUGAAGUGAUUGAUACCCACCAGCAUUCUCUCUCUAUCUCUCUUUCUUUUCAAAUAUUAAGAGAAGAAGAGAACAAAGAAAAAAAGAAGCUUCUCUACAUCUCCCUCUCUCUCUCUAAAAAUACAGAGUUUUGAGCCAUGAAAAACAGCAUAAGGUGCUGCAUUUCGUGCAUUCUACCGUGCGGGGCCCUCGACGUGAUCCGCAUAGUGCACACCAACGGCCACGUGGAGGAAAUCAGCGGCGCCGUGACGGCCGCGGAGAUCAUGAAACUGCACCCCAAACACGUCCUAAAGAAGCCGUCGUCUCCGUCGGCGGCCGACGGCAUGUGCCCCAAAAUAAUCGUCGUUCCGCCCGACGCGCAGCUCCAGCGCGGCAAGAUUUACUUCCUCAUGCCCCUCCCUCCGCCGCCUAAGAAGAAGAGCCAAGCUUCUAGAAGCAACGGAGCUUCCAAUAGUACUAACUCCGUCACUGACCUGCUUGUCUCCGAUCGUUAUUUGAGCGAGAUUUUGUCGGAGAAGGUUUCGUCGCAGAGAGACCGGCGGCGAGGCCGCGGCCGUGUUUGGAGACCGCAUUUAGAUAGCAUUUCGGAGGGAGGAUCUGAUGCCUAGUAAAUUUUUUUUUUUUAGUUUUUACUUCAUCAGAUUAUUUACUAGGGUUUCUCAACUCAAUACUAUUGGCUGUAACCCUUUAUUUCUUGUUUUCAUAUAUACUACCUUUUUUGCUA